UUAGAAGGAAAACUCGAGAGGAAUCUCUGAAUUGUUAUUACCUAUCUAGAUAUUCGGUAGUUAUAACGCCCUGUUUUGAAUGUUUCCGAAAAGUUUCCGGGGCGCCUCCUUGCCUUCACCUUACCGAGUCACGGAGACUCUUCGUAAAGUAAUAUGUGUCCGGCAACUUAUUAAUAUCUCCACCAACUGCGAUAGGGUCAGAUAUUGAGCAUUUAAAGAUUAAAAUGCAACUUAUAUCACCGCUGGGUGGUUUACUUAAAGGGCAUGUUUAACAGCUAAAAUAUUACCCUCACCCUCACCAUCACCAUCACUACUACCCCUUUUAUAUCAAUUCCAAUUUCAGAUCUCUCUCCCUGAAAGCCUUGAGCGAAAAAUUAACGGCAUUUACCUCCAAAAUGACUGACGUACUAUCCCGUAAGGCUACGAUCAAGUCAUACUUCCAGCAAAAUGCCUCCGAAUACGAAAAGCACGUGGGAGGCACAAGCUCCCGCUUAGCCGCCGUCGCACUCUCCUUCUUGCCGCUGUCAAGCUAUAAUUCUUCAAGUCACAUCUUAGACUCCGCAUCGGGGCCAGGAAUCGUGACCAAGCUUCUACUGUCACCUUCUCCGGAAGACAUUUCGGUUCCCGGGCUACCAGUUUCGCCACGGCCGCGAGUAACCGGUAUCGAUUAUGUCCCCGCCAUGAUCGAUAAUUUCAAGGCACAUAAGGCUUCGCUCAAUUGGGAUACCGCGGAAGCGUUCGUUCAGGAUUCGCAGGACCUCAGCCGAUUCAAGGAUGCGGAAUUUGAUGCUGUUGUUAUGAGUCUAGGCAUCUUCACGCUCAGCGACCCAGUGGCCGGUGCGGCAGAGAUAUAUCGCGUACUCAAGCCUGGGGGCCACGUCGUGGUCACCACGUGGAAGAAGCGGCGAGCGGUGGAUAUCCUUCAGGGGGUUGUUGACACUAUUAAACCUGAUAGUGGGCUGAAGCCGAUGUAUAUGCCCCCUGAGUGGUUGUCGAAGGAAAAACUCAUAAGCGUCCUGGAAGGUGGCGGGUUCCCCAGCGAUCAUAUCAAAGCUUCCGAGACCAGUCCCGAUUGGGUAUGUGGGUCUGAGGAAGAAGCUGUGAAGGGAUUAAGAUCGCCUCUGUGGACGUCGAAGAUUUGGGAGGGAUGGAGUUCGGAAGAGAUUGAUCGCUGGGAUGACGAGAUACGGAAGCAGUUGAACGAUGAAGAAAAGAAGACGGGGACUAUGGAGAUGUCUGCUUGGAUUGUUGUAGGUCAGAAGGUAUGAUGAGGGUGACCGUGAAAUCUACCCCAGGUAGUACAAAGACUGGCGAAUCUAUAUCUUCAUUCAUCGUAUUACAAUUGUAUGAUUUGUAAAAAGGAAACUCGAGAAUUGAAAUGGAGAAAAGAAAAAAGAACCAACCUCGC